UAGUAAUGGAGUUCUAUGGGAAGAAUGAUCUCACCUUAGGAGUAUUUCUAGAAAGAUAUUGUUUCAGGCCCUCCUACCAGUGCCCAAAUAUGUUCUGUGAAACACCAAUGGUGCACCACAUCCGUCGCUUCGUCCAUGGACAAGGCUGUGUACAGAUCAUAUUGAAGGAAUUGGACUCUCCAGUGCCUGGAUAUCAGCAUACAAUUCUCACUUACUCCUGGUGUAGAGUAUGCAAGCAGGUAAGAGGAGGAUCCCAGUUGUCUUUUUCUAGAGUCAGUUAUUCUGCUAUAAGGUUACUGGAGGUAUGUGUCCCUCAUCCUAAGAUUUACAUCAAACGUCAACUACCCCUGAAGAUCACCAUGCUUCAAGAUCUGAAAGACUUUUCUCAGAAGAUAUCUCAGGUGUAUAUCGCUGUCGAUGAGCGCCUCACAUCUUUGAAAACAGACACAUUUAGCAAAACAAGGGAGGAAAAAAUGGAAGAUCUCUUUGCCCAAAAGGAGAUGGAGGAGGUGGAAUUUAGAAACUGGAUAGAGAAAAUCCAAGCGAGGAUGCUUUCUUCUUCACUUGACACUCCACAGCAACUGCAUUCCAUUUCUGAAUCUUUAAUAGCCAAAAAGCAAAGUCUCUGUGAGAUGUUGCAAGCAUGGAAUAACAGGCUGCAAGAUCUCUUCCAACAAGAAAAAGGGAGGAAGCGCCCUUCAGUUCCACCAAGUCCUGGGAGAUUAAGGCAAGGUGAAGAAAAUAAGAUCAGUUCAAUGGAUGCAUCUCCUCGCAAUGUUUCUCCAGCUCUUCAGAAUGGUGACAAAGAAGAUCGUUUCUUGACUACUCUGUCCAGCCAGAGUUCCACCAGUUCUUCUCUACUCCAGCUUCCUACUCCUCCAGAGGUUGUAUCCGACCAGUUGACCGGAGGGCCCACUUUUGGCAAUGUUCUCUCUGACCCAGAUGCAGCUGGCAGCUCAGAAGAUGUGUUUGAUGGGCAUUUGCUGGGCUCUAUGGAUAGUCAGGUGAAAGAAAAAUCCACCAUGAAGGCUAUUCUAGCAAAUCUGUUACCUGGGAAUAGCUAUAAUCCGAUUCCAUCCCCCUUUGAACCCGACAAGCAUUACUUAAUGUAUGAGCACGAACGGGUGCCUAUAGCUGUCUGUGAAAAGGAACCAAGCUCCAUCAUCGCCUUUGCUCUCAGGUACGUUAGUAUUUGUAUUUGUAUUUAAUCAAUUUAUAGGCCGCCCAAUCCCGAAGGACUCCGUUUCCUGCUUCGAUCCUAGACAUCUUUCCCAGCCUAGUGGCUCCCUGUUGGGGAUUAUGGGAAUAGAAUUUCUUUUUCCACAUUCAGAAAAACGAAUUCUUUGCUUGCUUUUGAGUCUUUAAAGCACAGUGCAGAGGUGGGUUCCUACCAGUUCGCACCUAUUUGGGAGAACUG